GCUUCUUACCAAAUUACACAUUUCAUAACGGGUUCAACUCAUUGUCCAUCUGCUCAAGAAAUGGAUGAAUCUUUUGAACAAAUUCAUACUAUUUGCAAAAUCGACAUUUCUCCAGAAAUACUUCGGGAUAUGGCAAAGGAGAAAAUAGCCUGGAAACAAUUUAACGACACCUAUUACUUGUAUAUAUCAUAGUUUGAGACCGUUGUCGUCACGUUUCGAGACCCGUCCAUUGAACAGGGGGAAGCGUAACGCUUGUAGAAAGAUGGUAUCACCAGAUCCAAAUCACGAGGACGUCAAUCGUCGAUCCGAUCACGGGUACAAUGACAAAGCAUCACUGGCGAGGAAUGAUCUCGACGAUGAUGACCAUGAACGGAGUAUAGAGCUCGGAGAAAAGAACCCGUUGUUGGCCGACAAGAAAAAACAAGGAAAAGGAGAAGGCAGAUGCUAUUUCCCAAAACGUUUCGAGCUACUCUUCCUUGCUUUCUUUGGCUCUUGUAUGAUGUUUGCAAUGCGCGCCAAUGUCAGUGUUACCAUUGCAGUGAUGACGAACGCCACUUUUACAACUCAACCAGAGGGGCAGAAUCACACAGUGGAAACGUGCUGGUCACCAAACACUACACAUGAAGAUGAAUAUGGGCAGGAAGGAGGGGAGUUCUUAUGGUCUAGUCACGAACAAGAGCUUGUUCUCGCAGGUUUUUUCUAUGGCUACACCGUCGCACAGAUACCCAGUGGCUGGCUGACGGAUAAGAUCGGAGGCACUCGGGUCUUCGGAAUAUCCAUGUUCCUUUCGGCAGCCGUUAGUCUGUUCAGCCCGAUUGCAGCCGAACUCGGCUCUUCGUACUUUCUCGCUGUCAGGGUCUUGUGUGGUAUCGGUGAGGCAGGUACUUACCCGGCGUUGGGAUCAAUGGUAGCACGUUGGUUUCCUCCGAAAGACUUCUCGGCAGCUUUUUCAAUUGCAAUAUCGAGUGGAAAAUUUGGGGCAUUCAUCGGGACUGUACUGUCCGGUCUUAUAUCCAGUUCAGAUUUGCUUGGUGGAUGGCCGUUGACGUAUUAUACUUUUGGUGGAUUUACGCUUUUGCUAGUUUUGGUAUGGAUUCUCCGUAUCUACGAGACCCCUGGUCGCCAUCCAAGGAUAUCAGCUCAAGAAAAGGAGUAUCUUUCAACAACAGUUAUCACGGAGAAGACGGAGAAGAUAUCCAUACCCUUUGUUGCUAUGUUCACAUCUAUUCCCGUUUGGGCCAUUAUCAUGACAUCUUUCGGUGCGUCGUGGACAAAUCAGUUGCUCUUCACAAAUCAACCCAUCUACCUCAAGCACGUUCAAGGAAUGGAUAUUGAACUGAUUGGUAUAACUGCUGCCAUCCCCUUUCUUGUCGAGUUCUCGUUUUUGGUACUGGGUGGCGUAAUCAGCAACAAGCUGAUAAGUAAGGAGAUCUUGAGUACAGGAGCUACAAGAAAAUUGGUAACCUUUAUCGGACUGACAAUUUCAGCAAUAUUUUACCUUCUCCUUGCGUUCGUCGGUUGCAACACCGCCCUCUCCGUUCUGUUCAUGAUAGGCGCAUGUGGCUUCAAUGGGGUCUGCAGUUCCGGCUACUACGUAAACCUGAUGGACAUAGCUCCGAGACUCGCAGGAAGUCUGAUUGGUUUGGUCAAUUCUGCAUCAGCACUUUCUGGAGGACUAAGUCCGAUUGUUGUUGGAGCUCUUACUCCUAACCAGUCUGACAUUUCGGGUUGGCAAACGGUCUUUCUUUCCUGCUUCGGAAUCAAUUUGCUGGCAUGUUUGAUAUUCAUGGUAUUGGGAAGUGGAAAAGAGCAGAACUGGGCCAAACAAACCGAAUAUGACAAAUUGUGAUUUUGGUUACAUUUAGGGAUUCAGCGAUUUUCCGUGCAGUCACAGAUUCUCUUAUCAUCUCGUGUAAAUCAAUUGAUAUUAUCAAAAAGAAAUUAGCCAGUCUUAAUUGUUAUGCGCUUAAUAAAUAUAAUAAUGAUAUUAUUAUUAUUAAAACAGGUAAACAUUUUAAUAAUAAUUUUUACUAACGAGUUGAUAUUCUUCUAUUAUAGAUCAUUUGCUCAUAAAGGAUUGAGAAGAGAGUUUUGGAAUAAAGAAAAUGAAAUAGUGGUACUUUUGAUGAAGAUUUUAUUUGGUUUACAAAAUAUAAACGGCGUUGUAUAGAUUUUUACAAUUCGAAUUUUUACGAUCUAACAUGGAAUAUUUCAUACCCAUCUUCGAUCCAUGAUGCAUAAUGUGCUAUAUAGAAAUGUAUACUUCCGACAUGGUAGUCCACACUCAGCACCCUUUAGAAAAAUGCUGUGAUCUUUGAUUGAUUGUGUUAUAUUUUUUGUUUCGGAAAUUUCUAUCAUUUUUUUUCACAAUGGAAGGAAAAUAGCAGUUCAAACUAAAAUUUUUAAAAAAGCUUAAAAUCACUACCAACAUGACGAGUGUCUUUUAAUAAUAAGAGUCUGUGUCACUGUUUGAAUAUUUUUUUAUUCAUGUUCCUUGUAUAAGUUGCAGUAGUUUUAACCUAUAUAUUGUACCGUGUUCAAUGUCAAUUACGCUGCAGGUAAAACAAAAAUCGACAAAGAGCAUUGUCUUAGGAGUUUACUUAUUAGCUAUAGGACAUGUUGGACAUGCUGACUUUGUUGUUGUUUCUCGGUUGAAAAAACAACAACUAUUCAUUAGGCUAUAUCUUGGAAUACUGUUUCAUUCUAUUACAUCACCUUGUCACUUUUUUUAAGAAACUAUAGGAGAGAAGUAUGAUUUACUUUCAGAAGUAUAAUAGCGCCGUAUCAAUAGUUAAUAUAAUUUUUAAUCACUGGUGUGGCUAGGGGGUACAGGCGGAUAAAAAGGGGAGGGAGAAAAACAAGCAAUCUACCUUGUAUCAAUAUCCUUACCCCUCCCUUCGAAUAAAAGUAAAAUAUAAGGGUGU